AUGUCCACUUUCCUAGUCACUCUCGCUACUGGUCAGCAAGGCAGAGCAACAGUCGCGGCUCUGCUUAAAGGUGGUACCAAAGUACACGCGGUGGUCCGAGACCCAACCAAGCCGGCCGCCCGCGAGCUUGAAAGUCAAGGCGUCGUCUUAUUCAAGGGCAGCAACGACGACAUCCACGUAUUCCGCAACGCAGCUAAGGGAUGCAAAGGUAUCUUUCUAAAUCUCAAUUCGUGGCCAGACAACUCGAACCCGGGUCGACAAGCGGCAGAUAUCCUUCAAGCUUGCAAGGAAGCCGGGGUGGAACACGUCGUAGCCUCUACUGCGGGAUGGGUAGGGAGUAAGGAAAAAUGGGAUAAUCCUCUCAACAGGAGCGAGUGGCUGAGGGGGUUCUGCAAGAACGACGCGCUUGUCGAAGACGCGGUUCGUCACUCAGGAAUCAGGUAUCUUACGAUACUUCGUCCUUUUUGGUUCCAUUCGAACUACCUUCCGCCGGCUGUUCAAGAGUAUUACCCAGAACUGGUAAGCAAAGGAGAAAUAUUCCACUCGUUUAAGCCAGGAGCUAUUUUCCCACACAUCAACGUGGAUGACAUCGGGCGGUUCGCAGCCAUGGCGCUUUUUGAUCCAGCAACAUUUGACGGAGAAGAAAUCGAAUUAGCCAGCCAGAAUCUCACAGUAGAGGACGUAGCCGAUGCGAUUCAAAAAGCUACAGGAAAGCCCAUUACAGUUCGAGCUCGUACACUCGGAGAAACAGACGACACAAAUCCGAUUGUAUCAUGGCAGCUCUGGGCUAAUGCGGUUGACUUGACAGUUAAUCCGGAGGCACUUGAAAAGAAAUACAAAUUCCGCUUUACGACACUCCAAGAGUAUUUGGUCCAAGAGAAAAAGCAGCUAAAUAUUUUGGCAUAA